AUGCCCACCGUUCAUCUGCUUGACUAUGUUGCAGGGAAUGUCAGGUCGCUAGUGAAUGCAAUCAAUAAAGUUGGCUUUGAGGUCGAAUGGAUCACAUCGCCAGCUGAUAUAAAAAAUGCCGAGAGACUCGUGGUCCCUGGGGUUGGCCAUUUUGGCCAUUGCCUUUCCCAGCUUUCCGAAGGCGGCUACCUUGAACCGAUCAAACAGCAUGUAGAGUCGGGCAAACCUAUCAUGGGAAUCUGUGUUGGCCUACAGGCCCUUUUCGAGGGCUCCGAAGAAGACCCCGACGUCCCUGGCUUGGGAAUUGUCCCUAUGCGAAUGAAAAAAUUCAACGCCGACACGAAGAGUGUGCCUCACAUCGGCUGGAACUCUGCUCUUAAUACGAGUUCGGAAAGUCAGACCUUUUAUGGUUUAAACCCGGAGAGCAAGUAUUACUACGUCCAUUCAUAUGCCGCCCUCUAUCAACCUGGUGUGCUCGAGAAAGAUGGUUGGUCAGUUGCUACCGCUACAUACGGCGACCAGGAGUUUAUUGGCGCCAUUGCACGGGGAAACAUAUUUGCAACGCAGUUUCACCCCGAGAAAAGUGGACAGGCUGGACUACGGACCCUCCGGGCUUUUUUGAAUGGGGAUAGAUCUCAACCGAUUGGAGAAGUAUGUUCGGGUGAGAAGCCAAAGGGUGAUGGACUCACGCGAAGGAUUAUCGCCUGUCUCGAUGUCCGUACGAAUGACGAUGGUGAUCUUGUCGUUACCAAAGGUGAUCAGUACGACGUCCGAGAGAAGGUCGGUAUGGGUGCUGGUGGCCAGGUAAGAAACCUCGGGAAACCGGUUGACAUGGCAAAGAGAUAUUAUGAGCAAGGCGCGGAUGAGGUCACGUUCCUCAAUAUCACAUCCUUCCGAAACUGCCCGGUCGCAGACACACCAAUGCUGGAAAUUCUGAGGAGGACUUCGGAGACCGUCUUCGUUCCCCUGACUAUCGGAGGAGGCAUCAGGGACACUGUUGAUCCAGACGGCACCCGCAUCUCCGCUCUCGAUGUGGCCACGAUGUAUUUCAAGUCUGGUGCUGAUAAAGUUAGUAUUGGAUCAGAUGCCGUCAUUGCAGCUGAACAGUACUAUACAUCUGGCGAGAAAUUGACGGGCGAGACUGCUAUAGAGACGAUCUCCAAGGCUUAUGGAAACCAAGCCGUGGUCGUGAGCGUUGAUCCCAAACGAGUCUAUGUGUCAGAUCCCAGUGACACCAAGCACCAUACGAUCAGGACAAAGUACCCGAACUCUGCAGGACAAAGCUAUUGCUGGUAUCAGUGCACGGUGAAAGGCGGAAGAGAAACUCGAGACUUGGAUGUCCGGCAGCUGGCUAGAGCCGUGGAGGCAAUGGGCGCGGGCGAAAUCCUCUUGAAUUGCAUUGAUAAGGACGGAAGCAAUAGUGGAUUUGACUUGGAGCUGAUUGAUGAUGUCAAGGGUGCCAUCAAAAUCCCCGUAAUUGCAUCAAGCGGGGCAGGUGUGCCUAAACACUUCGAAGAUGUCUUUAGGUAUACAACAACAGACGCGGCUUUAGGUGCUGGAAUGUUCCAUCGUGGCGAAUACACAGUGGGACAGGUCAAGGAACACCUUCAAAAUGAAGGGUUCUUAGUUCGCAACUUUGAGGCUGGUCCUAAUUAG